AUGAGUAAGGGAUUGGCCCCAAGUAAAAGUACUGUGUACAUAAGUAAUCUGCCAUUCAGCCUAACCAACAAUGAUAUUCAUCAAAUAUUACAGCCAUAUGGUAAAGUGGUCAGAGUAACUGUGGUAAAAGAUAAAGAAAGUCGGAAAAGCAAAGGUGUUGCAUUCGUCUUAUUCUUAGAUAAAAGUGAUGCUUUUAAUUGUGCAAAUAAAUUGAAUAAUAUGCAGAUGUUUGGUCGUACACUGAAAGCAUCAAUCGCCCGAGAUAAUGGUCGAGCUGCUGAAUUUAUUCGUAGACGAGAAUAUCCUAAUAAAUCUCGAUGCUAUGAAUGCGGCUCUUUCGGACAUCUUAGUUAUAAAUGUGAAAAAAACUCAUUGGGUGAACGUGAACAACCAGUAAAGAAACGUAAAGUUCGAAAGAAACUCAAUUCUCAUUUGUCUACAUCAGAUCCGCGUAAUAGGAAAACACAAAUGAAUCACGACAACAGCGACAAUGAGAAUGAUCAGGAUAAUGAAAUAGAUGAUCCGUUGGAUAGCUGGAGUGCGGCUGUACAACAUCAAGCAGAACUCUACAGUAGACAAUCGUCAUCCCAAUCAACAUCGAAGAAACUAUGUAUUCGUCCGAAUUCAUAUUUUUCGGACGAAGAGGAUAUUGAUGAUUCUUAA